UUAUGCACUGGGGAGACUGGAGACAUUUGUGCUACAUUAACUUCUUGUAGGUGCCUACACUCUGCAUCCGGCAGAGGAGAGCAGCCCGCGUCCCAGCACACAUGCAAUACAAUGAGUCAGUGUGUCCGCCACAGAGAAGACAAAGCUGCAGGAUGCGUCGAGGAGACGGGAAUUUGCGCAGGACCAGGGACCUUUCACUCGACUGCCGCGGACGGCACUGCUGAAGAAUGAAUCACUAGUCUCUACAUACAACCAAAACAAGGACUAGACUCUCGAGCUCCAGUUCCAAAACCAGGACUCAAGAAUGAGGACUAAGUAUGCAGUCAUCUUCAUCUGUGUUGUGGCCCUGGUCAUCAUCGAAAAAGAAAGCAAUAUUCUAUCAAGGGUCUCGGAUAAGCUGAUCCACAGGCAGAUACCACAGCAAACUCCAAAGACUCCUCAGAAUGACAACAAUACAGCAUCCAAAGAUUAUGUGGAUGUUCUAAAAGUGCUGCUCGGCCAACAACCCGCUACAAAAAACAGCCAAACAAAUCUCCUAGAAAAGAAAGAAGUGGAUGAAACUGGCGAUAUAAAUGUAAAAAGAAACAGCAGAGGUCGCAAGCAUGUGUUGCUCAUGGCUAGCACACGGACAGGAUCAUCGUUCGUGGGGGAGUUUUUCAAUCAACAGGGAGAGACAAUGUUUUAUUUGUUUGAGCCUCUGUGGCAUGUUGAGCGCCUGUUGGCCACAGAAGCAGAGGUGAACAAUUCGACAGCUUUGCCAGGAAUCUACGGGGACAUCCUCCAGGCGCUGUUCCUCUGUAAUUUCUCUCCCCUUGAAAAGUUCAUCUCUCCAUCACCGCAGAACCACGUCACCCCUAAUCUUUUCCGCAGAGAGUCAAGUUUAGCUCUCUGCGAAGAACCUGUUUGUACUCCUGUACUCAAAGAUGUUUUUGAGAGGUAUCACUGCAAGAUUCGCCAGUGUGGACCACUGAACUUGACUCUUGUGUCUGAGUCCUGCCUCUCCAAACAACACCAUGCCAUCAAGGCUGUCCGUGUGCGACAGUUGGACACACUGCAGCCCUUGGUGGAGGACCCCCAUCUGAACGUCGCCAUUAUCCAGCUGGUUCGAGAUCCACGAGCCAUCUUAGUUUCACGCAUGGUGGCCUUUCCCUCAAAAUACCAGACAUGGAAAGCCUGGGCGCAGGAUGGACAGGUGCCUGAAAACGACGAGGAGGUGAAGAGGCUAAAAGGAAACUGUGAUCAAGUUAGGAUAUCUGCAGAAUUGGGACUUAGCAAGCCCCAAUGGCUAAAGGGACGCUACAUGUUGGUGCGUUAUGAGGAUAUUGCUCGGUACCCGAUGCAGAAGGCCGAGGAGAUGUACACAUUUACAGGGAUACCUUUCAGCUCCCAAGCAAGAGAGUGGAUCCUCAGGAACACACAGACUACAGAGGAAGCCAGUGGAAUAUAUUCCACACAGAAGAACUCUUCGGAGCAGGCGGACAAAUGGAGGACUAGCAUUCCCUUUACGCUGGUUCAGGUUGUGCAGAAGGUGUGCGGUCCUACCAUGAAGCUGUUUGGGUACAGAUUUGUGGAUGAUGAAAAGACACUGAGUAAUAAGUCUAUCAGUUUGCUUGAGGAUAAACAAUUUUCAUAAUCAAGUGGAGUUUCUACAAAGACUGGGCCAUGGAAUGAGGUGGGGUGCAUCCUUAGCAGUUCAUCACAGGAAAACAGAGACAAACAAUAUCAUUCACAGAAACACUCAUACAUGAAAGGCAAUUUUUGAGACCUAACAACUUAGCAUGCAUGUCUUUGUCCUCUGAGAGGAAACCAGGGAGAAUCUGUGUAUUCACAAGGAGAAUAUUCAAGCUAGAUGUAGAAAGACCCUGGUCAGGACUGAAGAAAUUUUGCACAGCUCCAAUAAGAAAAAGUAUAACAAAUACAUACAUAUAAACCAAAACAACAAACAUCAUGUUAACCAUGUGUCUAACCUUACCAACAGAUAGCCUCUUUUUAAAGGGAAUACUUUAUAUGCACACUUUAUGCCAGUUUGUCAAACUGGCAUCUCAGUUUGAUGAACUGGCACUUUGUGCCAUGUUAUUUUUUUAGUCAACUAUCAGAUAAGUCAGCAUUUUUCAGUGGUCACUGUAUGAGAUGUAUGAUUUUAGUUUAAGAUGAUAGCAUUUUCAGAGAUAAACAAAAGUGGGAUAAUAUUGGAACAGCCUCUGCAGUACACUGCAAAAAAAAACAACAACUAAUUUACAGUAAAAUACUGACAACAGUGGCUGGGACAUCCUUACAUUGCUAGGAUGUCACAAAUACCAAUAAUAAAAAGUCAGUUAAGAGUAUCAAUUGCCAAUACAGGGUCCCAGUCUGAAGCGUCAUUACUUUUGAUAAAAUCAGUGUCAAUGACUGACAACUCCCCUUUCAAAGUGAAACAAUCCAUUGAAUUGUCUAACUUAACUCAUGUACCAUAAAUGUUCUGGAUCCUACAGCAACCUGAACAAGGGUUAAAUGGGAAAAUUGCUUCAAUGUUUUGAAAUAGUUUUAUCUAAUAGCUUUUAUCUUGUGCUUUUAAAAAUUUAAUAUAAUUCAAAAUCCUCUGUUUUUAUCAUAUGUCUUGAGGAUAAUUUAGCCCAUAGCAUAUUUUUGUGCAGUUCCAGUGAACUAUGUUUUGUUUGAAAUUAAAAAUACAAACUGAUUACCUUCAUAAACAUGGCCCAUAAUGAUACAGACAGAGAGUCACUGCAGCCAACACAGCUUCUCCUUAAUUGUUAAUAUAAUUGUAAAACAUUUAACAAAUUAAUUUGCCGGACAGAUUAAUGUACAACAAUUUUACAGGCAAUACGAAACAAACAAAAUUACGUUUAAAAAUGAACCCAUGCAAACACAUCUGCACAUUUUGCUGGGGGUAUAAUUGACAUCAAAUUAUAUCAAUAUGUCUAUCAGAGUUCAGUCUAGGGCUCCUAUACUGAUUAUUGAUAUUUAGAAUCAGAUUGGGACAUUCAUCAUAUAUUCACAAAUAUUUACUAAUAUUAUAAUUAAAACUGGACUAGACAGCUAAGGUAUCAUUUGAUCAGAUGGGGUGUGUUUUAGCAGUUUAAGAUCUUACUCAGGUAAAGUUAAAUAGUAGUUCCUUGUGUCUAUGAGGAGCAUUCAUACAGUAUUCUCCCAGGUGUAUGUAUAUAAUAAUACUCAGAACUUUACAAAUAUUACUUUUAAGGGUUUUGUGGUUAUUUAUGAAAAUACAUGUGAACUUGAUCUAUAUAUAUAUCAGUAUAUAGUGACAUGAGGUCAGGGUAGGCAGGUGAGGCAGAGCCUCACCUGUCAUCAAGGAAGAAUAAUAUAAUUUUAAGAUAAAUUAUAUUGCUUUUUUCAUCCUGUGUUUUGUACUAUAAAGUAUUUAUUUUUCAUUUAGCUUAACGAAUUUAGAUUAUUUUUUCUUC